CAAUUUUUGCUACAUUUCUGAUUACAUCAAUAUCAUUAUUAACCAUUGGUAUUGGUUUUAUGUGUAUAUCAUAUUAUGGUGAUCAAAUAUUUCGUAUUGAUUAUACUGAUUGUAUACCAUUAACGGGUAGUCGUUCUUGUUCGAAAAUAUUAACCGAUUGGCAUAAUGGAAGAAGUCAUGAUCAACAACCACCACCUGAAUGUAUUUGUUGGUAUAAAUUCAAUCUACCUGAAUCAUUUCAUUCAAAUGUUUAUGUUUAUUAUGGUUUAAAAAAUUAUUAUCAAAAUCAUCUGCAUUAUAUUCGGUCGAAAGAUUUUUCACAAUUUCAUGGUUAUCCAACUGUACAUACGGAUUGUGAACCAUUUCGUUUUAAAAUGGUUAAAAUUAAUAAUGGAAAAUGGGAAAAUCGUCCAAUUGUACCAUGUGGUACACGUGCAAAUAGUCUUUUUAAUGAUACUUUUUCCUUAUGGCUAAUGGAUUAUAUGAAUCAUACGAUACGUACUGUACCAUUAAGUCGACAGAAUAUUGCCUGGCCAAUUGAUCGUUCGAUUACCAAUUCAAUUGAUUAUGAAAUAUUUCGAAAUUUUACUAAUCCACCAAAUUGGGGUAAUAAAACAAUAUUUGAUUUGGAUCCAAUGAAUCCGGAUAAUAAUGGUCUACAAAAUGAAGCAUUAAUCGUAUGGAUGCGUGCUGCUGCAUUUCCAGAUUUUCGUAAACUUUAUGCUCGUAUUGUUCAUCAUCCACGUUCAACAUUUUCGAAAUCUUUACCAAGUGGUACUUAUUAUCUAAAAAUUGAUUACAAUUAUCCUGUCAAAGAAUUUGGUGGUCGUAAAAUAUUCUGGCUAGCCAAUACAAAUAAAUAUAUUGGUGGUCCAUAUCUAUUUUUAUCGAUCAUUUAUCUUGUUGUUGGUUGUGUUUGUUUUGUUUGGACAUUUAUUCUGUUUGCAUUUCAACGUAGAUUUGGUAAAACUGAUCGUGAAUUAUCACGAAUCGAUAUCCGUACACCAUAUUUAUAUGAUACGAAAUAUGAAAAUGAACGUAAACAUCAACGACAGAAAAUUAAACGACAACAACAACAACAACCGCAGCAACCAACAACAACAAAUUUUCCAUUAAAUUAUCGAUUAUGAAAUGAAGAAAGAAAUAUCGAUUUUUGCCGCUGAUAAAGUU